AUGGACAGCAAGCAGUCAUCAUGGAAAGGAUCACUCCUGCUGCUGCUGGUGUUAAACCUCCUUCUCUGCAAGAAUGUGGCUGCCAGCCCUGCCUGUGCAGGUGGGGCUGCGAACUGCCGCUUGAGCCUCCAAGACCUGUUCACCCGUGCAGUCGCCCUGUCUGACAACAUCUAUAAAGUUGCUGAAGACGCAUUCAGGGACUUUCAAAAAACAUAUGCCACUGGCCAGGAGUUCAUUUCCAGGGCCAUCAACAGCUGCCACACUUCUUCCAUUCCUACUCCAGCAGACAAAGACCAAGCCCUAAAUACUGAGCACCUGACCACCACAGUGAGGGAUAUGAAAGAAUUCCCAGCGGAUAUGAUUAGAAGAGUCCAAGAGAUUGAGUAUAAAACCCAUCAACUUCGAGAGGGCGUGGAGAAGAUAAUCAAACAGGUUGAACCUGGAGUCGUAAACGAUGACAUCUUCGCUGCCUGGUCUGGACUUUCAUCACUGCAAAAUGGUGACAAAAACUCUCGCCUUGUGGGAUUUUAUAACCUGUUCCACUGCCUACGCAGGGAUACAAAUAAGGUUGACAAUUUUCUCAAGAUCCUGAAGUGCAAAGUUGUCCAUGAAGGCAGCUGCUAA